CUCCAAUGGCAACAAGUGGAACUUGUGCCGUUUAUCGAGGAUGGACUCACUUACUGAGAGUGAAAUGUCACAGAUAGCGACGCUCCAGAGAGAUGAGGGUUUGCAGAGGCUCAGCGCUCACUUCUCCUGGCCUGAAUUCUGCGAUGAACGCUGCUGCUUCCAUCAGGAGUUUGUGUAUGAUGUCACCAUGUUCGCUGCAGCUUGCGGCUUUCCUUGGUGUGACGUUAUCCAGGCAGCUCUGAUGGCCAAAGACAUCUUUCCAAAGCUGGAAGGUCUCGACAUACCCGACCUGCUGUCCUUACUUGGGGUUGCACUGUCUGAGCGUUUGCCAAACGUAACCUGUGUCCAAUGGCACAAGUUCACCAACUUCCUCACAAACACCUGCAUCACCAGGCAGAGGCUCUUCCAGGCAGUGGUGGGUGGAGCUGUAAGCGUGUCCAUACGUCAGCUACACUUGGAGGUGCAACUGCCACCCACACCAUGCCCUCUAGCACAGGGAACAGCUGUAACCCCAGAGUUACAACAGAAAAUUGAGGAGCUAAAGUUGCUCCGAGAUGGAUCGAGAGUCUCUCUAGGGGACAUUGUCGUUCCUGAGGGUGAGGAACUAAGCGAACAGGGGCUUUUAUCGUUGGUCCGUACAGCCGUGAGCGCCACACAAGAUCAGAUGCUGCAGAGUCUGACCCAGGAGGCUCUGCUUCUCAGUGACAUCCAGCACAUCAAACUGCAGCAGGCAUCAGCGGCCACAGGGAGGCUCCACAGUCCUGUUCUUUCCAACACAGGUCAAUCUAGCUCACGUCAAGAAGCACCAACAAAGUCAGUGCAACACCGAGCAAACUCAAGGAAAUAAGAGAGGCUUGAAAUGCAGUCUGGGGACAGAAACUGAGUUAAUGAAAGCAGCUUAACAAUCUCUAAGUAGAUCAGUAGAUUGAUCUGGUGUUGAAAAGAAUAACUUUUGUAGACUUCCUGCUUUAUUAGAGUUAGAAUUUCACCAUCGUUUAGGUUCAUUCUCCCUCCUUUCAUUUAGUACUUUUCAUCUUUGUCUCCCUUGUCAUGCCAACCUUUAAGUACUUCAUCAAGUGUCUCAAGAGAUUGUAGUAAAAAAGACACCUGUGUCUGGAAAGUCCAAUCA